UGUGUGUGCGCGCGCGCGCGUGUGCCCGAGGAGGAGUUGCGUCCCCCCUAUUUAUCAGCAUGACUGCCGCUCUGCACCUCUUGGCCGCGCUCUCGCAGCACAGGCCAGGCUGCAGCCUGCUGGGGACGCCGACGGGCUCCCACCCGGGAGUCUAGAUCCGCCGCCGCCGCCAGCGCAGACAAAGGCGCGGCCGGCGCUGCAGACGCGCGCUCGGGGCGGCCGGGGUGGCGCUGUGCUGCGGGGCGCGGAUCCGCCGGGCUGGCGCGGCGCCAGCCUCGCUCGCUCUUUGACCUGCGUCCCUCGCCUCUCCCGCAGGCCAGACAUCCGUCUCAGCUGCCCCCGGGCCACUGUUUCUUCUGGGCCGGCCGGCGGGCCAAGCACGCAGCACCGGGCCGGCGGCAUGGCUGUGUCCUGGAGGAGCUGGCUGGCCAACGAAGGGGUUAAACACCUCUGCCUGCUCAUAUGGCUCUCCUUGAAUGCCCUACUGUUUUGCAAAACUUUCCUGCUGUACAAUCAAGGGCCAGAGUAUCACUACCUCCACCAGAUGCUGGGUCUAGGAUUGUGUCUAAGCAGAGCCUCUGCUGCCGUUCUUAACCUCAAUUGCAGCCUUAUCCUUUUACCCAUGUGCCGGACACUCCUGGCUUUUCUUCGAGGAUCUCAGAAGGUUCCAAGCAGGAGGACAAGAAGACUGUUGGAUAAAAGCAGAGCGUUCCAUAUAACCUGCGGUGUUACUAUCUGUAUUUUCUCAGGAGUGCACGUGGCUGCCCAUCUGGUGAACGCGCUCAACUUCUCAGUGAACUACAGUGAAGAUUUUGUUGAACUGAAUGCAGCAAGAUACCGAGAUGAGGAUCCUAGAAAACUUCUCUUCACAACGGUACCUGGCCUGACAGGAGUCUGCAUGGUAGUGGUGCUAUUCCUUAUGACUACAGCUUCUACAUAUGCAAUACGAGUUUCCAAUUAUGAUAUCUUCUGGUAUACUCAUAACCUCUUCUUUGCCUUCUACAUGCUGCUGAUGUUGCAUGUUUCAGGAGGGCUGCUGAAGUAUCAAACCAAUUUAGAUACUCACCCUCCUGGCUGCAUCUUUCCUAACCGCACCUGCUGUCAGGAUGUCUCCUUACCAGAGCAUCUCUCAGAACAUUUUCAUGAACCUUUACCAGAAGAGCUUGACCAAAACACCUUUGUGAAGAUUUGCAUGGAAGAACCCAGGUUUCAGGCCAAUUUUCCACAGACUUGGCUUUGGAUUUCUGGACCUUUGUGCCUGUACUGUGCUGAAAAACUUUAUAGGUGUAUCCGGAGCAAUAAGCCAGUCACCAUCAUCUCAGUCACUAGUCAUCCGUCAGAUGUCAUGGAAAUCCGAAUGGUCAAAGAAAAUUUUAAAGCAAGACCUGGUCAGUAUAUUAUUCUACACUGUCCCAGUGUUUCUGCAUUGGAAAACCAUCCAUUUACCCUCACAAUGUGCCCUUCUGAAACCAAAGCAACAUUUGGGGUCCAUCUUAAAAUAGUAGGAGACUGGACAGAACGAUUCCGAGAUUUGCUGCUGCCUCCAUCUGGUCAAGACUCUGAGAUUCUUCCCUUCAUUCAGUCUAGAAAUUAUCCCAAACUGUACAUUGAUGGUCCAUUUGGAAGUCCAUUUGAAGAAUCGCUCAACUACGAAAUCAGCCUCUGUGUAGCCGGAGGCAUUGGAGUAACGCCAUUCGCGUCCAUACUCAACACUCUGCUAGAUGACUGGAAACCAUACAAGCUUAGAAGACUGUAUUUUAUUUGGGUGUGUAGAGACAUUCAGUCCUUCCAUUGGUUUGCAGACCUACUUUGUAUGUUGUAUAACAAGUUUUGGCAAGAGAACAGACCUGACUAUGUCAAUAUCCAGCUGUACCUUAGUCAAACAGAUGGGAUACAGAAGAUAAUUGGAGAAAAAUAUCAUGCAUUGAAUUCAAGACUCUUUAUUGGACGUCCUCGGUGGAGACUUCUGUUUGAUGAAAUAGCAAAAUGUAAUAGAGGGAAAACAGUUGGUGUUUUCUGCUGUGGACCCAAUUCAAUUUCCAAGACACUUCAUAAACUGAGUAACCAGAACAACUCAUAUGGGACAAAAUUUGAAUACAAUAAAGAAUCUUUCAGCUGAAAAAUCUGAGUUGAACCAAGACCCUAAAGAAAGAAGAGUGCAAUUUUUAAAACUUGGAACUCAGCGGAAUCAAACACUUUUUUUUGUGCCAAAGAAUAGAAAGUUUUUCUUAUUUAUGAUUAUUUAAAAUGAAAAUGCAGAGAAUGUGGUAAUAUGACAGGUUAUGUUACAUUACAUGUUUAAUCUAGAAACGAAAGAGGCCCUGAAGAGUAUUUGAUGUUAUGAUUCACUUUUUGGUGAUCAAAUUAAAAGACCAUGAUUAGGUUCACACUGUUGAUUUUUAUGACAGAUUCAAGACUCCCUAGCGAGGAGCUGAACUAGUCAGUCUGAUGAUGAUAGCUGUGGUCCUCUCUAAAUUGUUUUUGGUUGAAAAAAUACAAGAUUGAAUAAAAUUAAAAAUUUAUUGAUUCUCAAAUUAUAUUUUCAACAUUAUAUAAAGCAUACUAGCUUUAAUUUUGAAAUGUUCCAGGCAAAUAUAUUCCGUGUUUGAAGGUGCAGCACAUCACUUUGUGUUGAUACGGGUACCUUGUGUUGAUAUCUAAUCUUCUUCACUACUGAUGCUAAUACCUCUGAGAUCUGUAACUAUAUGCUGAUUGAAUCACCUUUCUUUCUUUCUUUCUUUCUUUCUUUCUUUCUUUCUUUCUUUCUUUCUUUCUCUUUCCUACCUCCCUCCCUCUCUUCCUUCCUUUCUUGUCUCCCUCCUUCCUUCCUUCCUUCCUUCUUUUGGGGAAAUCUGCCCUCCUUUAGAAUGAGUUAGAUACAAUGAUUUAAUAAGUCUUUUUCAUCUCCCAAUUUAUAUAGCAGCCAAUUUAUAUAGGCUGUUAUUACUGUGUAGUAAUGAAAAUACCAUUACUGUAAAUUGUAAAGUGACAUGUAUAUCAUUUAUAAAUAAGCAAUUAGUAUAUAAAUAGUAAUGAUUUAUUUUCUUUUUUAGAAUUUUGGGUUUAUUUUUUCAUUUUUUAGGUCUUAGGUCUGAAGCACUUAAAGUGUUUCUUAUAAUUUGCACUUUUAGAUCAAAGAGCAACCUAUCUGGCACCAGGCACUAAAAUACAAGCUCUCUCUCCUUGUUCAUGGCUGGAUUUAUAAUGGAGAUAGUGAAAGCAUAAUCACAUUCCUGAAUGGGCAUCUGCUAUUUUAUUUUCAACAAAAGCAGAAAUACUUUUUUGGUUAUUCAAAUUAAUCUUAGAAUAAGGAUUAUUUUUGUAGUCCUGUUCAGUAUCCUUAAAUUAUUAGGCUUAAUGUUAUCAUUGGAACUAUACUGCAUGAUUCUAUGAGGUUAUGGUCCUUGAUUAUUCUUUUCUCAGAGGAAAAAAAAAUCCAAUUUUCUGCCUUAAAAACUCAGACAUUUAUUCAGUUUAUUGACUUUGCUUAGUAUACAUCUAUUCAUUUCUAUCAAAUAUAAUGUUGAAAUCAGCAAUUUGUCUUGAUUUGCUGUGCCUUUGUUAAAAUUUUGUGUAUAAUAUGAUACAUGCUACUGCCUUUCUCUGUUGACUCGACAGUAGCAGUCAAGCAUGCUGCACUCUCCUGAGUGACCACAUCUUAGUUGCUUGUCUGUAUUUCUUUUCCUCAGAAUUCUUUCAUCUCCUUCUGUGGAAAGAAAAAAAGCCCAAAAAACAAACAAAAAUUAUGGGAAUGUGCAGUAUUCCUGCAGAGUUAGCUCUAAAGGCAUGUUUAAUAAUCAGUGUAUCUUGGUUAGACUUUCUAAAUUAAAAAAAAAAUUCUUGAUAACACAUAGCAGAAACAACUCAUGAAAGAAACUUGAAUUAUCCUAGCUUGAUGUGCAGUACUGACAUUUUGGUGAUGCUAUUCAUGUAAACAUCUAAAACAUCUCGUUUCAAUAGGACAAAUUUCUUGAAAGAAAGCUGGUAUUUCAGAGCAGGUCUGCCAUGCUAUGUGAACAUCCUUCCAAUUCUAAAUCCCAGUAGAAAACUUAAAAAGAAAAUAAACAAAUAUAUAAAUUGAAGUAGAUAUUCAAUUAUUAAAUAUUAAACUUAGUUUUUGUUACUGUGGAUGGGAAUGAAAUUAAAUCUUUAUCACAUACAUAGUAGAGAGCUUUGCAUUGUUUUGAAUGAUUUCAUGGCGAUAACUUGUCUUAAGUCUUAAAUGACUAAUUUUAGUGGCAAUAAAUACUAAAAUUGCAAUAGUGUCUGUAAAUAUCUUAGAAGCUUACUUUACCUUUGCAACAAAUAAAAUAGCAACAUUUCUUCACAAGAAAAUGCAAGCUUAAGAAACACUCUUUAUUUGUCUGGAAUCAGCAUUCAAAUGAACAUUGUAUGAUAAUUUGGAUUCUGAUGCUAUCUGUGUCUUAGAUUAAUUGUGUGACUACCAAAUGCCUUCUAACUCUACAGUUUUCUUAUUUGGAUGUUAGCUUUUUUUCGAUAGUUUGUCUUUUUAACAUCAACAUGCAUAGGAUGAGAUACAAGCCAUUACAUAUAAAUUACUAGGCCAUCAUUAGAAACUCUGGGUGAAAUGACUAAUCAGUAUCAGUCAUUUUAACCCAUUCAAUACUUUUCUUUCGUAAGAAACUAUCAAAUUUUUGUACUAUUAUACUAACAAGUUCAUUUGUGAACAAAUAAUUCUUUGUAUGUCCUAAGUCAAAAAUUUAGUGUAUUUCAAUAGUUUUCGGUCUUCUUGGAUAUUCUUAUUUAUGCAAAGGAAGACUGUGAUUUUACAUAUAAAUGAUAAUAAAAGACCUUACAUCAUUAUACAUAUGUAGGUAAAUAAACACAUAGUAUGUAGUUAUACAUAUUCAGAGUUUAGUUUGCUUUUUAAAAAUAAUUUCAUGUAAAAAUGAAAUGCUUGGUAGUUCUUCAUUUAGUGAUUUGAAAAUCUCAGCUGGGUGACUCUGUUAUUAUAGCCACUUGAAAAAAGGAAUAAAUGAAAUGUAGAUCAGCUGUAGGCUAAAGUGAUUUAAUUUAUAUAAUCAUGUUAUUUAUAACUUCCCAAAUCAGUCUUUAUUUUGAGUAUUUACAGAAGGCAAUGGUUUUAAAUUAUAAUAGUCUUCAAGAGGCUUGUUAGAGAAUGAAAGACUUUUGUCAUCUAUAGAUAAUGCAGACUCUGAAGAUUCCUCUUUAUGUUAAGGAGAGAAAUUUUUAACCAAACAUUUUGUUUUGUUUUUGUUUUGUUUUGUUUUGUUUUUCCUUUAAGGAUGACUAUACUGGAUGCCCUAUGAGUUUUCUAAACAAAUCAAUGGGACAAAUCUUUAAAUAGAUACACAUGACAAUUUAUUUUUUAUGCUACUUAGAAAAUUUCUAUUUGUUUAUAUUAUAAAAAUAUAAAACAGUGAGGUUAUGAGUAUUCAUAUUUUGCAGUGGAGGAAACUGAUGUCCAAAGAGAGAUAAUAACUUGUUUUAAGACCUCCGUCAAGUUUGUAGCCUAGCUGAGACUAGUGUUCAAUGUUCUCAGCUUUGCUACUGGAAGGCUAUUUCGACUUCCUCUUGAAUUAUACAUUUAUUAAAUUAUCUAGUCCUGUUAGUUUAAAUCUUUCUAUAAAAAAUCCCUACCUAGUAUUGGGAAGAAAAUAAGAUAAUUAAUUUCAAGUACAAAUGCAGAAAAUUAUGUUCUUUCUAAUCUAACUUCUGAUUCUAAAUUUAUUGGUCUUAUAUUUUGCCAUUCAGAACCUUUCAGCUACCCGUGUUUAAACUUAAUAAUUUUGAUAAUGAUAUUAGAUUCUCCAGAGCUGUGCACUGGAAAAAUACAUAGUAGUAAAGUUUCUAGGAAAUGUUAACCCUAUAGUUUUAACUUAGGUUUAUAGAUGGAAGUUAUAACUUUAUCAGUUUUUAAACUACCAACUAGAACGUUUAUAUUAACAAAUAAGUAUUUAUUUUUACCUGUUCACAUGACUAUUAUUUGCGUUUUGUACAAGAGAAAAGAGUCUUUUGAAAACUAGUAAGGCAGGAAAUAAUGAAGUCAAGCGUAAUGACGUUUUAUUCCACCCACAACAGUGCAGGAAGAAGUUACUGUUUCCUCCUGUCUGAAUAUACCAUCUAUUACACUAAUUUCUUUAUUUUAUUCCACACUGUCUUCAAAGGCUAGAAUUACAAAAACAAGACUGAAUUUUCCAAAACAAAGAAGUAGACAUUUUCCAAUAUAUUGGAGCAUCCAUUUAAAGAGAAAAAGAAAAAAAACUCAUGUGGAUCUUUUAAAAUUACCAGAAGUUAAAUAAUAUUUAUUUAUUAAUUGAUAGUAUUUUAAUGCACAGUGCUGGGAACCAUGUAGGAAUUAAGAAUUGGUAAGCAUAAUAAAAUUUUCAGAGAAUCAAAGGAAUAAAGAAAAAGGAAUCAAAGAAAAUUGCUUAACAUAUCAGGACAUGCUUAUCCUUUUCUUUUUCUGUGUUGUACUAUAUUACAUUGUAUUGUGCUUAUUUUUGGCUAAUUUGGCAGAUCAUAUUGAUGGCAUGGUCAGUAAUCAUAGCUUUUUUUAGUUUUACUCUUUGGUGAUACACUCCCCAAGUAUAUACUUGAACUAACAAAAUCUAUCAAAAGGCAUAAAAUUACAUAUUAUUCCUGACUGAGAAAUUCUGCUUCUUCUUUUUUUUUUUUUUUUUUUUUUUUUUUUUUUUUUUUUUUGCUUUUAAUAGCCUCAAAGAGGCUCAAAUAUGGGAAAACUGGUAAUUUGAUUUGGGAAAUAAAAGAAUAUAGUGUUUUUUAUUUCCUUUUAGGAUUCCUUUCACCUUUUCAUUAGUACUAGAUUUUAAUGCUUUGCUUUUGGUCAGAAUCACUAGACUUCUUUAAGAAACAGAUUUGAUGAGCUGCUAUUUGACCUAGAGAAGACCUCACAUUAAAUGAAAACAAGAACCACUAAAUAAUAUACAUAGCAAUAAAGAAGAAUAGGGUUUCAUGCAUUGCUUCUCUGGCAUAUAGUAUUCAUUAAAAUUUUGUCUUUGCAAGGUCAUGCUUCAUAGCUAUUCUUCCACCCAGGGAACAAAAGCAUUCUUAAUAACUGCAGACAUUAAGAAACAUAUUCUCUCUGUUGUAUCAUAAUGAUGUAUCUGUUCACCUAACAGCAGCACAUUCAUUUCGACAUUGUUACCAAUUUGAUAUGAUUAUAUAAUCUAUUUUAGUGGUGUGAAAUCUGCACAGUGCACAAGAUGGGGACUUUGCUUACCUGCUGAAAAAUGUGUCGCAGCCAACAUGUUGGCUAAGGAGAAAGCAGUAAAGCCUUUUUUCCUCUGCGGCUGUCUUAGAGGAAUGUCAAAUAAUGUACUUAUGUUGGAAUGUGACCUAUGAUGCAUUCUUAGUUAUGUGGCUGGAGGUGUUAUUCAUUUGUCCUCCAGUUUUCUGUUUUAGGAAAGAUCAGGUUUUCAGUCAGCUUGACAUCUCUAAUGACAGGUCUGCACAUGCCCCAGAUACUACUGUACCUUUGCUUAAAAAUGAGAAUGAUCUGCUUACCAAAUGGCAUUCACAAGAAAUCGUUUUCACUGUAUUUUAUUCCCUACAUUUUAGAAUGUAUUUUAAAACCAGUGGUAAGGAUGGUAGAAAUUACUUUAAAAAGUAGAAAUAAUUCAUGUUAUUGUAUGGUGAUCUGAGGAAGUCUUGAAGAUCAUUAUGUAAAACAAUCACCUCAGUUAUGCUCCUACCACCUUAAGGCCUAUAUUGUCGGUGUUUUGGGCUCUUUGCUAUUGUUGUUUGUCUUUUUUGUUUCACAUAUUUCUAGGAAUUUGUUUUAUAUUGUUUUAUUUUGUUUUCCCUCUAGCACAGAAAGGACAGGUAUACCUGUAGAGACUCAUACAUGCAUAGAACUUCUCCUAAACAGUUUAUGAGAAUUGAUUAUAUAAUGCAUGAUGAAAUGAACAGCUACUUUGAAGAAAAAGAGACACUAAGGUACCCAGUGCUGACUCUGUAGUGUCAUGCUGUGAAAUCCAGCAAUAUUAUCACUGUUUGAUCUGAGUGAUUUUAGUCUGUUAUGAAUUGUUUUAAUUUCAACAUACAUGAAGAUAUGGACAGCUAUUUUGAAGACAAUGAGGGACAUUAUGGCAGCAUUGUUGACUUCUCUAUUAUCUGGUUUUGAAGACCUAAAAUGCCUUCAUCAUCCUGUUCUGAUCAGUCUAAUACUAUUUUAUUUUGUAUGAUUUCAUCGUGUGUGAGGAUAUGGACAACUGUUUAGAAGAAAACAGACAAUAUGAUAGACAGUGAAGAUCUCUUGUUGUCUUGCUUUGAAAUCUGUGUCUCUUACAUUGUUUUCUUCUGAUCCAUUUUUUUCUGCUUUGUUAUGUUUAAUUUUACCCUCUCUAAAAUAAAAUUUUAAAAAAUAGAAAUAAUUGACUGCCAUGCUGUUUAACUUUGAAUAUUAGCCGGUGUUGUUAGCCUGUUAGUCAGCCAUCCCUAGUGGUUUUUGAAGUGAGUAAGAUCCUAGGUGAGGAUGCAGGGCACAUAGAGCCUUCUUCAUCCUUAAAAUAUAUCGGAUCGUUUAUUUAAAAACAGAAGCAAUGUCUACCUCUGACUAAUUUAUAGGGCUGCAGUGUGGAAAAGUGUAGAGAAAGGAAUGCGAGAAGGAUGUGAAGAGAGAGAUUUCCGGGGCAAAUUUCUUUAGUCCUUUUUUAUUAUGAGUAAGAAUAAAGCACUGUUUUAAGAAAGUAAAACAAGUCUUCUCUCCAUUGUACCUGGCACUGUGUUCUGAGCAAGCUGAGAGGCACAUACCCAGGGGCAGUCAGCAUCACUGUCUUUGUUCUGAGAUCUCCACAAACAAAGCUGCCUUUCUCUUUGGGUUUAAUAUAUGCUUCCUGAAUUCCUCUUCCCUUAAUUUUGUUCCAGCCCUGUUUGCCUAGAGAUCAUUGUGACGAUUUAUGAAUAUUGAAUUAGUAAUUGGAAGGUGAUAUAAGUUACCCUCUUCAUUUAAGAUACAAUGGAGAAAAGUACAUGUUUAUGAGACAUUCUACUGAAUUAAAACUAAAUCUACUAUCUUAGAAAUAAUUCUGUAAAGGAAAACCUACUGCAUUGUAGCUACUUCUUCCUAGAUGAAACUAAAAUAAAUUUAUUGCUUUUUUUCUUUAAUGAAGAUGCCUCACGUGUUUUAACCAAAACUCACAUUAUUUGGUAGACUUUUGUAUUUAAAUUGUGUUUGCUCAUCUUUAUGGUAGAUUAUAAGAAAAAAUUGCUUGAAUGAAAAUGAAAUUCAUAAUAAUGUGUAGUAACACUUUCAAACUUUCCUAGAAUUCAGUGACAGCAGAUUUGCCGAAGGGAGGAAGUGUCAUCCUUCCAUCAGAAUGUGAGAUGUUUGGCAAUCCAGCAUGGCGUUUGAUUCUUGUCUAGUUAAAUGGAGGUGUGAAGUUAUAUAGUGCUGGAGAGGAAGUGCAAAAUCAAGUUCAAUACUUGUAAAAAUUGAAAAAUGCAUUUAUUUUUAUAUGUGUUUUGUUUCUGUAAAAUCAUAGUACAUUUGUAGAAAAACGUUAUUGUUUUAGAAAAUGACUUAGUGGUUAAAAGUUAAGUAGACAGAGUUCAUCAAAUAUACCUAAAAAUGAGCUGGGGAUUUAGCUUAGUGGUGUAAGUGCCUGCCUGCCUGGCAAGUGCAUGGUUGUGAGUUUGAUCCCCAGACAGGGGGUUUUCAUCCUAAAGAGAGGCCAAAUAAUCAAACUACUCAUUCAUGUGAUGACAAUAAAAAAAGUAAUGUUUAAGGAAUGGUCCUUUGAACCACAAGAAUUGUCUUAUUUCUAGGCUUAACAACAUUUGUAAUUUCCUUUCAGCAGUAUGUGUAAUUGGAAAUACAUGAUUCUAUUCUUCAAGUUUAGCAGGCUGAGAUUGGAAUUUGAGUUUUAUUUUUUGUUUGGUUUCGGUAUUCUCCAUUUCAUGUAACUGUGUCCAUUAAAAUAAAUAGUAAAUAUGUAUGUAAUUUUAAAAUGCUAAAACUGUAUGUGUUUGGUACAGAAAAUUAUUAAAAUUAAUAUGUUCAUUAUGAUAUCCAGCAAACCUUUCUAUUUGAUAAUAGAGGAUUUUAACUUUAAAUAAAUCUUGAGUAUACUGUGUU